AUGGAAGAUUAUCUCAAUGGGAUCAAUGAAGAUCUGUGGUGCUGUCUAACAGGUGGAGACUAUCGUCCAGGGACGCUAGAACAGGUUGGAACUGCUAGUUCAUGUACUGAUGUUGUUCUGCAAGCUGACAAACAAAAGGCAAAUGAUAAGAAAUGCUUGUGUGAACUACGUGGUGCUCUUCAACCGAUGGUUUACAAUUAUGUACGUGGUUGCAAAACAACAAAGGACAUAUGGGAUACAUUGAAAGAGAAGUAUCAGGGAAGUGAGAAGACUAGAAAGAGCUCAGUGAAGCAAUGCUUGCUCGAAUUAGGAGAAUUCAAGCAGAAAGAGAAUGAGACUAUCGAACUCUAA